AUGGCGCUCCAGACUCGAAGGGCCGCGCGCGUCACAUGAUCAGGUCACGUGACCAUCAGCAGGAAGACUUUUUUCUGUGGAACAGAAGAGUUCGACGGAGCUGCAGGUUUCUGCUUCCAUCUGAUCAAUAUCUGGAGAAUAGAACACACAUCAGCAGAGAGUUUCCAGCGAGGAGCUCCUCCAGAUGGCGUCUGCUGUGGAGAGGACAGACGAACACGUCCGCGAAUACCUGACCUACCGCGGCUUCACCAACACUCUGAAACACCUGGAUAAUGAGAUCAAGGCUGAUAAGGAGAAAGGCUUCAGGGUGGAUAAAAUCAUCGAGCAGCUUCAGCAAUUUGUCCAGAGCUUUGACCUCUUCAGUCUGAAGGAGUACUGGCUUUACCUGGACAGGCGUCUGUUCUGCAGGCUGGAAGAUGUUUACAAAUCCACUGUCAACAAACUAAGAACCAGCCUGUAUAGAUACUACGUCAUCAACACCAUCCAGAGAGGGAACCUGGAGAAGACUCAGGAGUUUUUCCAGAAGCAGGCUCUGGAGCUGCAGGGCCAGCCAGAAUGGCGCGACUGGUUCAUGCUGCCGUUCCUUCCCUCCCCAGAGCAGAACCCGGCUUUCCUACCGUACUUCUCCAGGCAGUGGGCCGAUACCUUCCUGGUGUCACUGCACAACUUCCUGUCUGUCCUCUUCCAGUGUGUGCCUCAGCCUCUGCUGCUGAGCUUUGAUGCUGAAGUCCAGAGGAUGACCAGCCUGAUGGAGGAGAACGAGCAGCUGCACCAGCAGCUGUUCGCUAUGCAGACGGAAAGCCGGGACCCGAAGGCUGGAGACGGGGUGAUCCUCCACAAGCUGCCCCCAUACGUCCAGAACAUGGACCGACUGGGAGACACUGAGCUGGACUUGGUGUCAAGCCAACGAGCUGUGAGCACCACCACCCCCCCCUCCAGAAACUUCUUCUCCACAUUCCUGCCACAGGGCAGACGGACGCCAGGAAAAACCCCUCAGAUGACUCCUGGGGCCUUACCAAGCCAUCCCCCAGGAGCCAAAAGAGACCCUUCAGCCAACCAGCUCUCAAGGUCUAAAGAGGCAGCUCCAACAAAGGAAGUGAAGCCGAUUCCCAGCCAGUCACUGACCAGUGAACCUGCAAAUUCCCAGCCUCAGCAGCCAGCAAACCAGGUGACAAACCAGAAUUCCAGACACAAGAGAAUCCAGGAACACGAGAAAGAGAGAAAGGAGCUUUUUUCAAAGCCACAGACACCAGAGAGGAGAGGAGAAGGGGAGGAUGUGGACCCCCCCACCGAGACCUCCUCCAAACCUGCUGAAGCCCCUAACCAGCGCAGCUGUGGGGCAGAGACGGCAGACGGAGGCCUGUCGGUGGAGCAGGCCUUCAUUAAGCUGAGUCAGGAGGAGUAUGGGGAGCAUCACUCCUCCAUCAUGCACUGCAGGGUGGACUGCUCCGGUCGCAGAGUUGCCAGUUUGGAUGUAGAUGGAGUCAUAAAGGUGUGGUCCUUCAACCCGGUGAUGCAAACCAAAGCCACCAUCAUGUCGAAAUCUCCUUUACUGUCGCUGGAGUGGGCCGCCAAGCCGGACCGGCUGCUGUUGCUAGGCAGCGGCGUUGGGACUGUGCGGCUGUAUGAUACUGAUGCUAAGAAGAAUCUCUAUGAGAUGAACAUUGAUGAAACUCAUCCACGCAUCUUGUCUUUAGCGUGCAGUCCAAGCGGUUCCUCGUUUGUCUGCUCGGCUGCAGCUCUCAGUCGCUCUGGAAGCGUCGAGUCCGCUCCACCACAUCCUGUUCCCGUAUCUGGUCAACUGCUGCUGUGGGACACCAAGACUGUGAAGCAGCAGCUCCAGUUCUCUUUGGAGCCUGACCCAGUGGCCAUCAACUGCACCGCCUUCAACCAUAAUGGAAACCUGCUGGUGACUGGUGCUGCUGAUGGAGUCAUUCGACUGUUCGACAUGCAACGCUUCGAGAGCGCCAUGAGCUGGAGAGCUCAUGAAGGAGAAGUUUACAGCGUGGAGUUCAGCUACGACGAGAACACCGUGUUCAGCAUUGGAGAAGAUGGCAAGUUCAUUCAGUGGAACAUUCAUCGCUGUGGGGUGAAGCAGUCAGAACAGGUUCUACCCCAGGAUGCCACCGGUCCUUUUGUCCUGUCAGGGUACAGUGGAUACAAACAGGUUCAGGUUCCCAGAGGUCGGCUCUUUGCUUUUGACUCCGAGGGACAACACGUGCUGACAUGUUCCAGCACCGGGGGACUCAUCUACAGGCUGACCAGUGGAGAGCCCGCUCUGGAGAGAGUCCUGUCACUUGGCGGUCACAAAGCUCCGGUGGUAACCGUCGAUUGGUCCUCAGCUUUGGACUGUGGUACCUGCCUGACGGCCUCCAUGGAUGGGAAGAUCAAACUGAGCACGCUCCUGGCACAGAAGUCGUAACUGAGGAGCUGAUGGAGAACUGAUCACAGUUAUAAGAGAUUAGUACAGAUGAGCAUGAGAUAACCAAACUGUAGACCACUAUUUACUCAAGUCUAUAUUAAAGUGACCUUUAUGUCUCAGA